CGACAACGACGAAGCGACGACGAAGAAGACGAAGGCAGAAGACAGAAGGCAAAAGGCAACCCUUGUGCGGGGUUUGGUGCACUUUACUCAUUGCCCUUAUCUCAGUGCCUUACUGACCGCCCAUUGAUUCAAAUCUUUUGUCUGCCAAGGCAGUUUGUUUAUUUUUCGUGUUCCGCAUUUAAAAAAUUAUAAAAGAAAUACGAAAAAACUACUCCAUACAAAUUAAUAACCCAGCCGUAAGUUUAAUUGACUUUUUUGCGGACAUCAUCAUUGUGCCGUUAGUCGAGAGCUAGAGUCGCCCAAAGUUCCACAUUGCGGUGGCAACUGGAAAAACGCAAAAGAAUCUCUGAGAACUUUGAGGGUUUUAUAGUUCGUUCUUGGUAGAACACAGCCACAGCUCGAGCUUAAGUGUGCGGGUGGUUUUGGUUUCGGAUUGGACGGACGCGGUUACGCGGUGCGACCGUUUGUUCUACAUUUAGCUUCUGUAUCCACAUCAACAUCGACAUUGAGAGGAGAGCCCGAGAAGGGGGUGUUUAUGGGUUAUUUGUCGUCGCUAAUGACUUAAUUCAUUUCCCAGGCCCAAACUCUCGAUACGAGCAAAAACGAAAAAAUCCAUUUUAUGUGCCUCUGCGGUUUGAGGGUAGAAUCGCGGGUUGAAGCUGGAGAACUCACACUCUGUGGUAACGUUGUCGAUGACGAAGACAACAACUAUACCUACACCUACGACGACGAACGGCCACAGACCACGGACCGAACAGCGCACAAAGUGUAUUAAUUAAGUCGCUAGAGAGCUGUUAAUAAUAUUUAUUAAAAAAUUAGAAAUAACUGUUAAUUGUUUUGACCCCAACGUCUGGUAUAUAGUAUAAUACAGAGGCAGAAGCAAAAUAACAACAAGUGAGAGUGGCCAGAGGUAGAGGAGGAGAGGAGAGAGGCUAUACAGACGAGUACAUAAUAUUGGGUUGUUUCGCAAAAGGCGUAUUUUGCUUGUGGAUCAGUUAAUCUUUGAACUGCAGUUCGAGCAGUGCACAUCUUACACGCAUCAUCGUAACCAGUCUGGACAUCAACCCUACACCAAAAUGGAUUUCUAUACAAAUUAUCAAAACUUCACCUACGACACCAACAGCAACAACAGCAAUUUAAGUCGGGUCAGUCCAAGUGAAUCGGAUUCAUCGAAUAGCCCGCUGAAACCUCGACAGGAAGUCAAUGCUCGCGAAAGAUUUCGCACCCAAAGUCGUGUUUCCAGUGUUAAUACAGCAUUCAACACUUUGAGAACAUUAAUUCCAACUGAACCAUCGGACAGGAAGUUAUCGAAAAUUGAGAUUCUUCGAUUGGCCAAGAGCUAUAUAGCUCAUUUGGAUGCUAUUGUUUUGACAGGAACUACAGAGAAACCAUGUACUAGUCAUAGUCUUCAAAGUCACAAUUGUUCGGCUAUCGAAGGCGAUUCUGGAUCAAGAUCGAAUAUUUGUACUUUUUGUGCAAAGACAAUCAACGCAAGAAGUUGAUGCGAUCAAAAAUUCAUCAAAGUGUACAUAAUAUUAUUAUUUAAAAAUUAUUAAACUUAUUUUUAAUAAAACCAAACAAUUGAAACU